UCGCCGCCGGCACUGACGGCGGAGGGACGCACGCGAGCUGCCGCCCCCGCCCGCCGCCUCAACGGCCGCCGCGCCCCCCCCGCGCCACGCCAUGAAAACCAAGUUCUGCAACGGCGAUGCCGACCCGUCCCCGCUUGGACUCAUCCUUAGCCGCGGGUCCGCCGCGGCUGGGCAGCCGCCCUCGCCGCUUGCUCACCCCGAACCUGAGGGAAAGGACCCCACCGCGGCGGGCAGAGGCGGUGGCGUCUCGCCCCUGCCCCCGGCGCUGCCUCCGCCGCUCGAGGAGGAGUCGCCGCCGCUCGACCCCCGGACGCGGCGCCGGGCGUAUCUGUGGUGCAAAGAGUUCCUGCCGGGGGCCUGGCGGGGGCUGCAGGAGGAGCAGCUGCGCAUCAGCCCCAUCAGAGGUGGCCUCAGCAACAUGCUGUUUCAGUGCUCACUACCUGAUACCAUUGAGACAGUUGCAGAUGAACCACGGAAAGUUCUCCUGCGUUUAUACGGUGCAAUCCUGCAGAUGGGGGCAGAAGCCAUGGUUCUGGAAAGUGUUAUGUUUGCCAUUCUUGCAGAGAGAGCACUUGGGCCAAAGCUGUAUGGAAUCUUCCCACAAGGGCGACUGGAGGAAUUCAUUCCCAGCAGGAAACUGAGCACUGAAGAACUAAGCUUGCCUGACAUAUCUGCUGAAAUAGCUGAGAAGAUGGCCAGAUUUCAUGGCAUGAAAAUGCCAUUUAAUAAGGAACCUAAGUGGCUUUUUGGAACAAUGGAAAAGUAUCUAAAUCAAGUGCUGAGAAUUAAAUUUACCAGAGAAUCCCAAACCAGAAAACUAAACAAACUUCUCAGUUACAAUCUCCCUCAGGAAAUGAAAAAUCUAAGAGCAAUGCUUGAAGCUACUUUUUCACCAGUUGUGUUUUGCCACAAUGAUUGUCAAGAGGGUAAUAUCUUACUUCUGGAAGGCAGAGAGAGUUCAGAAAACCAAAAGCUGAUGCUCAUUGACUUUGAAUACAGCAGCUAUAAUUACCGAGGAUUUGACAUUGGAAAUCACUUCUGUGAAUGGAUGUAUGAUUACUCGUAUGAGAAAUACCCAUUCUUCAAAGCCAGUGUUCUUAAAUAUCCUUCAAAGAAACAACAGCUUCAUUUCCUCUCCAGUUACCUGUCUGCAUUCCAUGAUGGCUUUGAAAAUCUGAGCAAUGAAGAGAAGUCCAAACUAGAAGAAGAAGUGUUGGUAGAAGUUAACAGAUUUGCCCUUGCAUCACACUUCUUCUGGGGUCUGUGGUCUAUUAUACAAGCAAAGAUCUCAUCCAUUGAGUUUGGGUACCUGGAAUAUGCGUUAUCCAGAUUUGAUGCCUACUUUGAUCAGAAGAGAAAGCUGAAGGUGUGAAUGUGGGAGGAGUGGCCUGUUGGUUACUGUAUGAAGAGGGCAGCUGGACAGAACUUUCACUGUGCUUAGGCUACUGUAUCUCUAAUGAAGGUGUCACUGAAUUCCAGUUCCUGGGAAUGCAGGUGUACAGUACUGAGGACUAUAAAAAUUACUUGUUUACAGUUCCGCAAAUAGUUGGAAUGAGAUUGGGAGGCAAAAGUAAAAUACAACCAUGCAAUAUCUUUAAAUCUUUUCAAUCUAGAAGCUAUUUUGUAUUAUGGGAGAAGCUUACAAUUAAGUGUCAAUACCACAUGCAUCAGAGCAAACUUGCUGUGGGUACAUUUUUGGGGGGGUGUUGGCAUUCUGGUUUUUGUUGUAAGCAGAACAGCUGUAAAAUCUGAUUGUAGACAUUGCCUCUUGAGGAGAAGGAAAAGCAAAGGAGACAACUGCUAAACUGUGAAGUAGGCUUAAAAACUUACUGUGAGUUGAAGUUCACCAUGCCCCAAGAACACUAUCUUCAAAGCUGCUGAUACCUUACAUCACUUUAACCAGAAGCAACUAAACACAUUGAAGCAGUGUGCUUUAAAGUGUUAGUGACACACAUAUGAAUGUUUCUCCUAGGCUAGUUUGCCUGGGAAGUGAAGUAUGAAUGAGCUUUGAACUUGACAUUCUGAAGGAGUUUAUUUUGAACUGUUUGUUCCAUGUUGUUCAAGAACCCAGCCUGGUUUUCUUAAAAUGCUAUGUCCUAUACAGGGGGUUCUGUGGGCUAGCAGUACUGGGAAGAGUGCCUUGAAUUGCUCUAGCAGCUCCCCAGAUAACUGGAUUGGCAUUGACGGUACUGGUAAUUGAGGCCUGUCUCUCUUCAUGUGUUGCCACAGUAUAUGGCUGUAAUGAACAGUAAAGCCAAAGACUGUGGAGAACACUUCAGGAAAUUGCUGUUCUGCCCAUCCAGUUCUUAUGUGGCUUGAGAGGUGCUUUUCUUGCACCUUCAAUUCUCAUCAUGUUCCAGGAAUCCAGUAAAGUGGAGCAUCUUGUGGGGAACAAUAACAUGUAUAUUGAAACUUGAGUAUAAUCUGUGUACAUGCCAUCUAAAGAUUUCUUUUGAUUUUUGGGAGCUUGUUUAUUUUGAAUGUUACUUGUUUGUGCUUUCUAACACACUGUAUUAUAAACAAACUUCUAAGUUUACUCUUUUUGACUUGUAUAGCAAAUACUGUUUGAAGCGGCUGAAAAAAUCUGCAGCAUUUCAUGUACUGUAUAGCAGAACUUGUAAAAGCUGUCAUGUUACUCUCUUGUACAGAGAAUCAUUUUCCAUAAGUUUAGUUAUUAAUACUUUAUAAUAAAUAUAAAGCACUUAAAAACA